AUGAAGUUUGCAGAAUGGGAAUUUACAAAAAAACAGGAAUCGUUACAUCAUGAUCUUGAAUUGGUAAAGAAGAUAAAAGAGCUAUGGGCAAGAAACUUAAGUUCUACAAAUAUUCUUCGAUGCUUACAAUAUGAUGGUUGGCACUUAUCACCAACCCAACUCAAAAAUCUCCGUCUACAUCCUGAUCUACGAUUACUUAUAGGAACAGCUCAUACUCCAGAGGCAAGACUAGAGGCAGCAAUACAGGCAGAAACCUAUGUUCGUGAACAUUUAAUUUCUGGUCAGGCAAUUCAGUAUGGAAGACAGUAUACACUUAAUAAUAUUCGAUUAAGUGGUGUUUUUCUCUCACAGUAAGUUUUUCUAAUACUUAAUAUAAUAUUUAUCUAGUGAAAUAUUUACUUACUAUUUUUAACUUUAGACAUCAAAUACAAGCUGCUAUGAAAACUGUUGAUCCAGAAGGUGUUGCAGAACGUGGAAGAUUUCUAGGCAAUACAAGAGAACGGAGAGAAUUUUCAAUUAAAGGACCAAAUCGAAUUCUUUCAAUUUAUGGUCAUGAUAAGUUGUCACGAUUUGGAUUCGAAAUUUAUGGUGCAAUUGAUGCAUAUUCAAGGUAUAUUGUCUGGUGUUAUGUUGGUAUUUCAAAUCGAACUGCAGUUUCAGUCAACAAGCAGUAUCUUUGUCUAUUACGUACCACAUUACAUAUGCCAAAAGUAAUUCGCUCAGAUAAAGGUGAGUUGGCAAGUUUAAUUUAUUAAUUUAUCGCUAUUUCCUUAUACUAUUAGAUUAUAAUAGGCUAAAAAAACUAUUUAUAGGAAGUGAAACUGUUCUUUUAGCAGAGUCUCACCUCAGCUUACGAAGAGCUAAUCAUCCUGAUCUUCCAUUUGAGAAAGCAUACUCUUAUGGAAAAUCAACUAAGAAUCAACGUAUUGAAGCUUGGUGGAAUAUCUUAACCGAAGGUCAAACGCAAGCAUGGAAAGUUUACUUUGCUCAAUUGGAAUCUGAUGGAUAUUUCAAUGGUGGUGAUUUGGAUAAGUCAUGCUUACAAUUUCUCUACAUGAAAAUUAUUCGAUCACAUAUUCAUCGCUUCGUUGAAAUUCAUAACUCUCAUCCUAUUCGACUUCAGCGUAAGCGGGAGCACUAUCUACCAACUGGACAACCCUUUCUCCUAUAUUACUAUCCAGAAAGUGGAAAGGAUUAUAAGGAAAAAGUAAACGAAAGCCUACUUGCAGCCUUAGAAGCAGAGGUUUCAGAAUUUGAUCUUGACGAAUACUUACCAAUAUCUACCCUUGCUCUCUAUCAAGGAUUUCUUGAUGAAGGUGGAUAUCCUGAUGAAUUUUCUUAUAGUGAUCCACAUCAUAGAGAGGCGUACCUCUAUUUACGUGAUCGUGUAUCAGACUAUAUU